UUUUAUUAUAUGGUUUUAAAAUAUAUUUUUAUAGUUAAAAAUAUCAAAAUAUAUUAAAUAUUUCAAGUUUCAAGUUUUUUUCUAUAGAUUCUUUAAUGAGUCAAUUUAUCUCGAUACAAGUUGGACAAUGUGGAAACCAAAUCGGUUCAGUAUUUUGGCCUUUGGCACUACACGAAUAUGGUAUACAAACAAUGAAUACUGGAAUAAAUUUACUUAAAACACAACGAAAUCAUAUUAAAAAUAUAAAUGAUCUAUCUAAUGCAUUUGAUAGUUUUUUUGUUAUACCUGACAAUUCACCCAAAGAUUUAUGUUUUAAAAGUAUGUCUGAUUUAAGAAAAGCUAAGGUCAAAGCCAGGGCAAUAUUGAUAGAUAUGGAGGAUAGUGUUAUAGGAGAAAUGAGAAGAGGUCCUGUACGUGAUUUAUUUGAUCAGACUUGUAUUGUAACAAAUUAUCCAGGAUCUGCAAAUAAUUGGGCUGUAGGUUAUUAUACUCAUGGCACAGAAUAUUAUGAUAAAUUGGAAGAUAAUAUCAGACGUAUGGCAGAGAAAUGUCCUAGAUUACAUGGUUUUUUAACAAUGCAUUCCCUUGGCGGUGGUACUGGAUCUGGAUUAGGAACAGCUGUUUUAAAGUUACUAGCUGAUAAUUAUCCUACAAUAGAUAGAUUAGUAUCAUGCAUAUAUCCAAUUGUUAUGCAAGAUGUUGUUACAGCCCCAUAUAAUGUGUUAUUGGCAACACGAGAACUUAUAGAUUAUGCAACUUGUGUUUUUCCUAUUGAAAAUGAAGCGCUUGUAGAUAUAUGUAAUGCACAAUUAAGGAAUAUGGAUCAAAUAAAUUAUAAUAUUUCAUGUAAACCAUUUCAGGAUAUGAAUAGUAUUAUUGCAAAUAUACUUCUUCAUUUAACUAGCGGAUCUAGAUUUCCUGGUAAUUUGAAUAUGGAUAUGAACGAAAUAGCAACAAAUCUUGUACCAUAUCCGAAAUUACAUUAUAUAUUUAGUAGCGUUAGUCCAAUAACAUUAUCUGCGCCUACAAUAUGCAAUAUACAAGGAAGAAAACUUAUAGAUGAAAUAUUUAUCAAUGCAUGGUCACGAAACAAUCAAUCGAUCAAACUAGAUCCACUACAAACAGGUUCUAUGAUUUUAAGUGCUGCGCAUAUUGCUAGAGGAGAUUGUUCUGUAAAUGAUUUAAAACGAAAUAUUGAAAAAUUUCGGAAAAAAGUUACAUUCGCAAAAUGGGGUACUGAAGCUAUGAAAGUGGGUUUAUGUUCUGUACCUCCAGCUGCACAUUCUACCUCAUUAUUAUGUCUUUUAAAUUCUUCCUCAAUGAUAUCAUUAUUUGAAAAUAUCAUAAAACAAUUUACUAGAUUAUAUAAACGAAAGGCACAUGUACAUCAUUAUACGCAAGUACGUGGUUUCGAAGAAACGCAUUUUAUCGAUUGCAAAGAAAUGAUUUUAAAUUUAAUCACACAAUAUACAAAACUACAAAAUCAAAAUGAAAUAAAUGUUUCUCGAUUACAAAUCCUUUAAUUUUUACAUAAUU